GGACUCCUAGGCUCCGUCACUCAGAGACUCCGCCCCCCCGUGUUUCUUCCUGGCUGCCAGCUACAGAGCCGACGAGUCCAGCUUCUGCGGGCUGCUGGGCAGGCGUUUGCGGGUCCUGGGAUCCAAGCACUUGGGCCAUCUUCUGCUGCUUUCCCAGGCACAUUAGCAGGGAGCUGGAUCGGAAUUGGACUAACUCCACCUCUCAAAUAACUCAGACUCCAGAUGAAAAUGUUUGAGAGUGUUGACACUGCAGCCACAAGAUCCGGCAGGGAUCUCUGGGCUGAAAUCUGCCCCUGUCUGCCAAAUCCUGACCAAGAAGAUGCUGCCAACAACGCCUUCUCGGACUCCUUUGUGGAUUCUCACCGGGCAGGUGAAGGCCAAAGGGAGGCAGCCAGCUUCCCCGUGCAGCCAGCUGUGAAGCCCUGGGCGCCUUUGCAGGAUUCGGAAGUGUAUUUAGCAUCCCUAGAGAAGAAACUGAGAAGAAUCAAAGGUUUAGAUCAGGAAGUGACUUCGAAGGACAUGCUUCGAACCCUGGCCCAAGCCAAGAAGGAGUGUUGGGAUCGCUUCCUCCAGGAGAAGCUAGCGUCCGAGUUCUUUGUGGAUGGAUUGGAUUCUGAUGAGAGCACCUUGGAACAUUUCAAGAGGUGGCUCCAGCCAGAUAAAGUCGCCAUCAGCACAGAGGAGGUCCAGUGUCUGAUUCCUCCAGAAUCACAGGCUGAGAAGCCAGCAGCCGAGGAUGAGCCAGAAGCCGGAAACAAGCCAGUGGCAGCAGAACAAUAAAUCACACACGAACACACACACGCACACGCACACACACACGCACACUCGCGGCCGCCUGCCGAGCAGCUGUCUCAGGCCCAGAGGGAACAGUGGAGCUCAGAAGCAGCAGCAAAGAGAAAUCCAGGGAGAGAAAAGGCCCAGGCUCCCGCUCCGUACAGCAAACAGCUGCAAGCCCCCGAGGACUUGCUUGGGGCUGGCCUGUGUGACUGUCUUGGAUGAAGUGACUGACUUAGAGUGUCCUGGAUCAAAAUGCUGCCUCCCUCUGUGCCCAGCUUGCCUGAGCUCCGUUGCUGCAGGUUAGCGCUCUGGGAAGGCUCCAGGGAGGGACUGGGAGAAACAGGCUCCCUUGUGUAGAACGUGUAGUGAGCCACGUUUCCAUGUUUUCUCUUGCCUGUUCUGGGUAUGCACACCUGCGCCCCAGGCAUUCCCUUGUAAAUUGUCAGGGGUGAGUGGGGCAAAGGCAGUGAUCUGAGCCCUACAUGUGGCUUCUUUAACAAAUCUGUAAUAAAUGCCAGGACCCUAGAGAAA